AUGAUACUUUUCUUGCUACCUCAUGUAAAAGGACUUGUAGGAAGUUUAAUGGUACAAUCAACUGUUACUGAUGUAUUAGUCUUCAUUGCAGUUGUGACAGCAUUAUCGAUCGCAUUUGUGAAGGAAAUAAGUGAUACAUUCCCAUUGAAUGUUAUUACUUUGUUUAUUUAUACGAUAACGUUAGCUACAGCUAUUGAAAUAUUGGAUAUAUGGGUUGGUAUGGUUGCUAAAUUUGGUGCUUUUGGAAUCAGUCUAAUAUUAUUUACAUCGGCAUUACUUAUUGGUGCAGCUAUGAAAACAAGAUUAGCAGAUUAUUUAACGGCUAUUCUAAUACUGUUUAUAAUCGCUGCUAUUUUAAUUGCUGUAGCAGUAUAUUUAAUCACAAUUUUUAAACACGCGUCAGCAGCGAUCACAUUCUACAUACUUACAGAUAUAUUGCUAUUUGUUAUAACAAUAUUUAUCAGUCAAAUAACAGUUGGCAAAUUACAAUUACGUAUCUUUCGUACAGAAUAUACUUUGGCUGCAUUAUUAUUAUAUAAUAUGUUUUCAGCUACAUAUUUAACCACUACUGGUAUGACAAUCACCUUAGCUACAGCUAUUGAAAUGUUGGAUAUAUUGGUUGGUAUGAGUGGCAAAAUUGGUGCUUUUGGAAUCAGUCUAACAAUAUUUACAUCGGCAUUACUUAUUGGUGCAGCUAUCAAAACAAGAUUAGCAGAUUAUUUAACGGCUAUUCUAAUACUGUUUAUAAUCGCUGCUAUUUUAUUUGCUGUAGCAAGUAUUUUAAUCACAAUUUUUAAACACGCGUCUGCAGCGAUCACAUUCUACAUACUUACAGAUAUAUUGCUAUUUGUUAUAACAAUAUUUAUCAGUCAAAUAACAGUUGGCAAAUUACAAUUACGUAUCUUUCGUACAGAAUAUACUUUGGCUGCAUUAUUAUUAUAUAAUAUGUUUUCAGCUACAUAUUUAACCACUACUGGUGUGGAAACCACAUUGAAAGUAAUGCCUGCUAUGGUUGAGAACCUUGAAUGGAAGAAUAUUGAAGGAAGCAAUGUAAUGAAUAUUAUGCGACUUGAUGAUCCUAUAAUGGUUGUAUCAGUAUACACCAAAACAGUAGAUUAUACUUUAUCAAUAAUGAAAUCAUUCACAAUGAUAGGUGCUUAUACUUGCUCCAAUACAAAUAUCAGUAUAAUUUGUCAUCAUAAUGCUCUCGUCAUUACAGUAAAAUACCUAAGCAGUUUUAAUGAUAAUUGUCGUUAUAGUAGUAAAGCGAUACAUGAAAUAGGCGGCGGAUGGACACCAUCCAUUUCUGCUGGUAUAAUAAUGUAUGUUAUGUCAUUUUUAUUUUACAAAUUAUUCAUAAUCUUCGUUGAAUAA